AAGAAAAAACGAAGAUGGUUGCAACGUUUGUCAGAAUCAAAUAAUACUGCAGAGGAUUCAAAGCUUUCACCUUUACCAGUUAUAACUCGUUGGAAUAGCUAUAUCACCUUACGUUUCCCUUUUGCAUUGAAAAAUUUAUCAAGAGCUGGCGUUGAAAAUCCUUCUUUAAAUCAAAACAUGAUUAAUUCAUGUAGAAUUCAAAAUGCAUUAGAAAAAUCUUUAAUACCACCAUUUUCAUUUUCUCAAGCUUUUAAACUUGCCUAUAACAAAUUAUGUAAACAUUUAACAAUGAAUCAAAGCUCUAAAAAUAAAGAAUUUGUAGAUUAUGUCAAUUCAUUGCCUGAAACUCAAAUAAAAGACAAACUUCGUUGGUGUUGGUCAGAUUUCACAAAUCAAAAAGAUUUUAAUAAUGCGGUGUAUAUUGAUUGUAUAAACUUUUGGAAGAAAAUUUUAGACGAGUGUAGUAGGCGUAAAUGGUUAGGCGAAGAUAAAGAAAUGCAUUCAAAAUCAGAAUUAAUACCUCUUGAAGAGUAUUGUUCAACUUUUAUUUCACAGGGUUGGUUAAGUUGGAUAUACACUAGGUUAGUAUCACAACCAAUAGCAUGGACAUUUCAAAAUUUAACAGGAUCAGAGCCUACUAAUAUUAUUUCAGGAAAAUGGGUGAAAAUUGAUAAACUGAAAGAAUCAUCAACCAAAAUUAUUCAACUUCAUGAAAAAGUUGCAUUAAAUCGAAUUUCUGAUAAUCUUUAUACACUUGCUACAUUUAAGUCAGAAUUUGCAGCUAAAGUAAUUCCUGGUUCGAUGCUUACAGAUACUGACAUAAAAGUGCUAAUCACUUAUUUAGAAUAUGAUCGUAAAGUCAUCGUAACAAAAAGUUUGAGUAAUGGGUCUCCUCAUAAAUAUGAUAGCAAUCCUGAUGAUUUGGUGAUCAAGUUUUGUUUGAAAAAAUAUAAAUUGAAACUUGAAAUUACAGAAUUGGAUUGUAACAUUAUUACAAUAAAGGAAACAUCUCGGAAACUACAUGAACAAAUUCAAGAUAUAGAAACUCGAAUCAAAGAGUAUAUAUGUACUUUUGAAUUAGCGAAUUAUUCUGCUAGUAAAUAUAUUUCUCUUAAGCAGAAAACACUAGCAAUGAAAUAUUUGCGAAAAAAACUACAACUUGAUAAAAUUUUAGUUAAAAGAAUAAACUCUUUGGAAGCAGUCGAAACAAUCCUAUUAAAAAUUCAAGAAGCUGUAUCUGAUGCAGAGAUAAUUGAAGGUUAUAAAGCUGGGGCUGAUGCAUUGCAAAAUACUUUGGUCAUAAGUGGUCUAACUAUUGAUAAAGUAGAUGAAACAAUGGAUCAUCUACAAGAAGUCCUUGCAGAUCAAAAGGAAAUUGAAGAUGCUAUGAAAUCAGGACAGGAUUCAAUACUUGAUGCAGCAUUAAAUAAUGAUGUUGAUGAUGAAUUAGAAAAAGAAUUAGAGAAUUUAUUAGCUGGAGAAGAAGAAAGAAAGGUGGUGAAAGAAGAAGUGAAGCAACCAAUAAAAGAAAAAAAUCAAGAAUUAGAAACAAAAUUACAUGACUUGAAGGUUGAAGCAUCAUCUAUACCAGAUAAAAAUCCCAAUUAUAUUACACCUUCCUCCUCUUCCUCCUCUUCAUCAUCGCACAAAAAUAAACAAGCAUUUUUGUUAGAACCAUGA